GCUACUGCUGUGUUGCUUAGUCUGCAUAAGACGUAGGAACAGCCUAAAAGUUGGUCUUCGUGCUGACUUGUAUUGCUCCGUAUAUAUAUAUUUUAGUGACGUUUCCUAUGUUACCUGCUUGAGCUAUCAAAGAAUGUUCAUGUUCGACCUGGAUAUAAGGCUAUCCGUAGGUUUAUUCGAGAAAUCAUCAAGAUGUUGCUUUUGUCAGUAAUGAACUUUAUAAAGAUCCUAGUUUUGUCUGUCUCGUAUUCAAUAUAAAUGUUUAUACCAAUUCAGUAUGCUAAGUUAGAAUGGGAUAUGGAGUUGGAGAUAUUAGUACUGCUGUGCCGCUUUUAUCUAGUGCUGAUGUUGUUGUUAGUUGGCAACUCCACUUUUGCAGGCAUCUUGCUUUCUCUUCGGAAUUCUCUGAUUGCUAUGACCCCCUCGAUCCAAAUGGAAAUAUCGCUAUUACUUUUGAUAUCUUCAAGUAUACAGAUGAUGGCUAUAUGGCAAGGGUGACAAUCCAAAACUUUUAUCAGUAUCGUUCCAUAGGCAGGCCUGGCUGGAAGCUAGGAUGGACGUGGGCUAAAGAUGAGGUCAUGUGGUCAAUAUCUGGUGCUUUUGCUACUCAACAAGGGGAUUGCUCAGCCUUCAAGUAUCAGCAACCACAUUGCUGCAAGAAAACCCCCUCUAUUGAAGAUCUCACACCCGAAGCUGCACCCCAGAACAGGUCAGACGGCUGUUGUCAUGGUGGUGUUUUAGCUGCCAGGGCUAUCAAUCCUUUCGAGUCCUAUUCAUCAUUUGAAAUCAGGGUCGGAAACUUGGAUAGAAAUUCUACAGAGGGCAAGCCACUGAAUCUCACUUUAUUAGCACCAGGACUAGGAUACACUUGUGGCACUGUUGAGGAGACAGAUCCCACAAUUUCCUCUGUUAUUGGAGGAAGGAGAGAAGAACAGGUUUUCAGAACAUGGAAGUCCACAUGUACGUAUUCUAGGUACAUUGCUAACAAAUCACCGGUUUGUUGUGCAUCACUUUCAACAUUUUACAGUCCAACCAUUAGUUCUUGCCCAACUUGUACCUGUGGGUGCCGACCAGCUGGGCAGAAGAAUACGACAACAUGUGUGAGAGAAGACGAAACAUUAUCCCAAUCAAAUUCUCUUGCUAAUCCUGAUAUAGUGCGAUGCACUAAUCAUAUGUGCCCUCUUCGGGUCCACUGGCAUGUCAAGAACAACUACAGAGAUUACUGGAGGGUGAAACUAACCAUAUCUAACUAUAACUAUAAUAGAAGUUACCCAGAUUGGAAUGUGUUGAUUCAACAUCCUGGCUUUAGUAGGCCUGCCUUGACUUAUAGCUUCAAUAGUACACUGCUUCCAACUGCUGGGAUUCCAGAUGAUGUAAGUCUUUUUUGGGGGCUAGAACACUACAACAGUGACAUACUUAAUGCUGGUGAAACACAGGUUGGUUCAGUGACAACAGAUAUAUUAUUGGAGAAGGACAUGAAAUCAUUUACAUUAAGUAAUGGGUGGGCAUUCCCAAGAAAGAUAUAUAUAAAUGGUGACAACUGCGAGAUGGCUCUUCCAGACACUUUUCCCAUGCUGCCAAAUGGUAGCUCCAAACAAGGAGGAGGAUUCAGUAAUGGAUCCUGCAAUUUUCUGUUUGUAUUGUUUCUCAUUUUGAAUGUUUUUAUAGCUGUUUGAUUUCACAAUUCUUAGUAUAUAUAUGAUAGUGUUCGUGCAUAUGAAUUGUGAGCGGGGUUUAGGUACUGAUGUAAAUAUGUAAUUAUGAAACUGAUGUUGGAUUUGCACA